AUGAGAGACCUCCACAAGUCUAGCGUGCUGGGAAGCAAGCACGGCAGCCUGAUGUCAUGGCGCCCGCAGUACCGCAGCUCCAAGUUUCGGAACGUCUACGGGAAGGUGGCGAGCCGGGAGCACUGCUUCGACGGCAUCCCCAUCACCAAGAACGUCCACGACAACCACUUCUGCGCCGUCAACGCCCGCUUCCUCGCCAUCGUGACAGAGAGCGCCGGCGGGGGCUCCUUCCUCGUCAUCCCCCUCGAGCAGACGGGCCGGAUCGAACCAAACUACCCCAAAGUUUGUGGUCACCAGGGCAACGUGCUGGACAUCAAGUGGAAUCCCUUCAUUGAGAACAUCAUCGCAUCAUGCUCCGAAGACACCUCGGUGCGGAUUUGGGAGAUCCCCGAGGGCGGCCUGAAGAGGAACAUGACGGAGGCCGUCCUGGAGCUGUACGGGCACAGCCGCCGCGUCGGUCUCGUCGAGUGGCACCCUACCACCACCAACAUCCUCUUCAGUGCCGGCUACGACUAUAAGGUACUCAUCUGGAACCUGGACAUCGGGGAGCCGGUGAAGAUGAUCGACUGCCACACGGACGUCAUCCUCUGCAUGUCCUUCAACACCGACGGCAGUCUCCUGGCCACCCCCUGCAAGGACAAGAAGCUGCGGGUGGUGGAGCCGCGCUCCGGCAGGGUCCUGCAGCUGGCCAAGAACCACCGCGUCAACCGGGUGGUCUUCCUGGGCAGCACGAAGCGGCUGCUGACCACGGGGGUGUCGCGCUGGAACACGCGGCAGAUCGCCCUCUGGGACCAGGAAGACCUGUCCAUGCCCCUGAUAGAGGAGGAGAUCGACGGGCUCUCGGGUCUUCUCUUCCCUUUCUACGACGCCGACACUCACAUGCUGUACUUGGCCGGCAAGGGCGACGGCAACAUUCGGUACUACGAGAUUGGCUCGGAAAAGCCCUACUUGAGUUAUCUCAUGGAGUUUCGCUCCCCGGCCCCGCAAAAAGGACUGGGGGUGAUGCCGAAGCACGGGCUGGACGUGUCGGCCUGCGAGGUCUUUCGUUUCUACAAGCUCAUCACCCUCAAGGGGCUGAUCGAACCCAUCUCCAUGAUCGUGCCGAGGAGGUCGGAAACGUACCAGGAGGACAUUUACCCCAUGACUCCGGGUACGGAGCCAGCCCUCACGCCGGAUGAAUGGCUGAGCGGGGUGAACAGAGAUCCCAUCCUGAUGUCGCUGAAGGAGGGCUACAAGAAGACAUCCAAAAUUGUCUUUAAGGCACCAGUGAGGGAGAAGAAGAGCGUUGUCGUUAACGGCAUAGACCUGCUGGAGAAUGUGCCGCCCCGGACGGAGAAUGAGCUCCUGCGGAUGUUCUUCCGACAGCAGGACGAGAUCCGGCGGCUGAAAGACGAGCUCUCGCAGAAAGACAUACGGAUCCGACAGCUACAGCUGGAGUUAAAAAACUUACGGAACAGCCCGAAGAAUAAUUAACUUCCAGGGACGUUUUAUAAAUAAACUUUCUUUGUUUAUACUCGCUCUUUAAUUUUAUUGUAUCCACUUACACAGAAUAUGAGCCAGAAGUCAAGUGACCUGCCA